AUGAAGGAGUCAGAAACUAUCAAGCAAUAUUCUGAUAGAAUUAUGGCUACUGUCAAUAAUAUCAGACUCCUUGGAGAAGAUUUCAGUGACAGCAGGGUUGUUGAGAAGGUUAUUACCACCUUACCUGAAAGGUUUGAGUCAAAAAUCUGCUCAUUAGAGGACUCGAGAGAUCUCACAAUCAUUUCUUUGUCUGAGUUGGCUAACUCACUCUAUGCACUUGAGCAGAGAAGAGCAAGUAGGCAGGAGGAGAGUCCUGAAGGUGUUUUUCAAGCAAAGGUCAGAGAAGGCUCCAGCUCAAGUCAGAAAGCUAAGAAGCCUUGGUUUGAAAAGAGGGAAAGAUCAAAGAAAGAUGCUGGUAGAAGGAGGUUUCCACCAUGUGUUCACUGCAAGAAGACUAAUCAUUUAGAGAAGUAUUGCUGGAACAGACCAAACAUCCAAUGCAAGAGUUGCAAGCAGUAUGGUCACCAUGAAAAGAUUUGUAGAAAUCAAGAAAAGGCACAAACUCUGCCAGUACAAGCCAAGACUGCUGAAGAUCUUCAAGCUCAGGAGGAGCAUGUCUUCACUGCCUCAUGUUCUGCAACCACAAGCAAAUCCAAAUGCAGUUGGCUUGUGGAUAGUGGCUGCUCACAUCACAUGGCAUCAGAUGAGAGCCUAUUCAAGGACCUUAACAGGAGUUUUACUUCAAAGGUCAGGAUAGGCAAUGAGAAUCUGAUUGAAGCUAAAAGCGAGGUGAUGUUGUGA